UCCAUUUUUGCCCCGGCCGCCCUCGGUUUACAGCUAAUCGCUAGCCCCCUUUCAGCCCCUCUUCCCCGGUUCAAGCCUCCUCUGUGGGCCGCAGAGCUCCGAGAGCCUCCCGCUCACCGCCUCCCGCCUCCAGGCCGGAACCACAAGCCGCUCCGGGGCCCUCAUGGACGGGGAGGAGGACGACUUCAUGUCCGGGAGCCGCUCCGAUGACGACGGCGGCGGAACGCCGGUCCAGGACGAACACCGGGGGUCCGACGGCGAGGACGGGGCGAGCGAGGGCCGUCUGUCUGAGGAUGACGGCAGUAACGACGAGGACGCCGCGGAGCGCCCGACCCGAGGGGCCGACAGCGACUCGGAGGCCGACGCCCCCGAGGGCCGUCGCCACGACGACGACGACCGGAGCGACUCGGACGCCGAAGCCCCCCGGCCUCGUCGUCACGACGACGGCGACCGGAGCGACUCGGGCUCGGACGGCCCGCGGCCCGCCGACAGCGACGACGACUCUCCGGUGAAGCGCCGGGUCAGCGCCUCCGAGGACGAGGAGGAGGAGGAGGAGGAGGCGCCCAGGAAACGGGAGGCGGCGCCCGCUUCCGACGUGGAGGACGAGCACGAGGAGGAACAGGAGCGGCGGGCGGCGGCCGCGGACAGUGACUCCGACAACCGGGACGCCAAACCGGCGGCGUCCGACAGAGACAGUGACUCUGAGACGGAGAGCGCCCCCCGGAGGAAGGAGGCGCAGAUGGACUCUGAGGACGAGGAGAAACAGGACGGACAUGGAGAGGGAGAGGGAGGGGGAGGGGGAGGGGGAGGGGGGAAGUGGAAGGCUGUGAUGGAGUCGGACAGCGAGGAUGAGGAGGAAGAGCGAGGGAAGAAGGCCGCCGCCGCGGGGAGCGAUGGAGAGCAGCAGGAGAAGACGAGAGACGACAGCGACGAAGACGGAGACAAGCCAGUGAAGAGGAAGACGGCCGUCCUGUCAGACAGUGAGGAAGACGAGGAGAAACCAGCGCCGAAGCGGACUCGCGCCGUGUCCGACGACGAGGACUCGGACAGCGACGGCGCCUCCGGCGGUCCGGACAAAGCUCUGGCGGCCAAACUGCGGGAGCUGGGCUCCGACAGCGGCAGCGAGGAGGAGGAGCGGGCGGCGGCGGCGAAGGACGAGAAGGCGCUGUUCGGCAGCGACAGCGAGUCCGGGGACGAGGAGGAGAAAAUUAUCGCAGACAUCUUUGGAGAGUCUGGAGAUGAGGAGGAGGAGGAGUUCACGGGUUUCAACCAGGAGGACCUGGAGGGGGACAAACAGGCGAAGGAGCAGCAGCAGCAGCCGGAGGACGACUCGGACUCCGACGAGGGCGUGGACCGCGGCGGCCAGGACACCAGCUACAUGUCGGACUUCGACCUGAUGCUCGCCCGGAGGAAGGCCAUGAACAGCCGCAAGAGGAGGCACCGCGACGGCGGCACCUUCAUCAGCGACGCCGACGACGUGGUCAGCGCCAUGAUCACCAAGAUGACCGAGGCCGCCGAGGAGGACCGAACGCUGAACAGCCAGAAGAAACCGGCGCUGAAGAAGCUGACGCUGCUGCCGCAGGUCGUCAUGCACCUCAAGAAGCAGGACCUGAAGGAGACGUUCAUCGACAGCGGCGUCAUGUCGGCCAUCAAGGAGUGGAUCAGCCCGCUGCCCGACAAAUCCCUGCCUGCUCUGAGGAUCAGAGAGGAGCUGCUCCGGAUCCUGCAGGAGCUCCCCAGCGUCAGUCAGGAGACGCUGAAGCACAGCGGCAUCGGCAGAGCCGUCAUGUUCCUCUACAAACACCCCAAAGAGUCCCGAACCAACAAGGACCUGGCCCUGAAGCUCAUCAACGAGUGGUCGAGGCCGAUCUUCGGCUUGACGUCAAACUACAAAGGAAUGACGAGAGAGGAGCGCCAGCAGAGAGACCUGGACCAGCAGAUGCCUCAGAGACGACGCCUCAGUCAGCCUCAGAAGGUGGAGAGGACGGAGGAGCCUGACGUCUUCUGUCCACCCAGCAGCUCGGGGGGUCAGACGCCUCGCAGGGACCUGGAGAAGCAGCUGACCGGAGAGGAGAAAGCUCUGAGACCCGGGGAUCCUGGUUUCUGUGCCCGGGCCCGGGUCCCGAUGCCCUCCAACAAGGACUACGUGGUCCGGCCCAAGUGGAACGUGGAGGGAGACUCCAGCAGGGGUCCGGUCAAGAAGGGUCUGUCCCGCGUGGACAAGCAGAUGCGUCGCUUUGCGGACAUCCGCCGCCUGACGAAGACGGGCCACGCCGUGAAGAUCAGCGUGGAGGGGAACCGGAUGCCGCUCUGAGGAGCCCCGCCCACUUUUUAGGAUUUUUGUUUGUUUCUUUCUGGCUCCGACACUUCUCAGGUCCAGCUGCUGCCACCAGGGGGCGUCUGGGACGGUGUGGGCGGGGCUUGUGUUCAUAUGGGAAUCAUGUGGUUGUAAAAUGUUGCGAAUGGAAGCUCUCGUUAGCGCCUCGGCUGUUAGCUUGUUAGCUUCCAUCAGGGCUCCUUGUGUUUCUUUUUGAUUUGGCUAGCUCUCGUUAGCUCGCGGCUACGUUAGCCGCCGGCCUCAGGUGGUCUGAAUGGUUUUGUUUGUUUUGGUUUUUGUCCCUCCGGAGCUCCUGUCGCGCCUGAGCAGCGCGGAGCCCACCGACGUUUUCUUAAUAAAUGCUAAAAGUCCA